UUCUGCUGGGCUUGGUGGUGCUGCGCCACCAGCGCCUAUUUCAAAUAUGAACAAAAAAUACGCUCGACGAGUUUAUUCUCUAACAAAACUUGCAACAUACAUUAACGAAGCUUAAGUAGUAUUAAAAUUUAUUUAUUUACAACGAAAACAAAACAAUUUUUGUUGGCAUGCGUUAUAUCGGUGGAAUUUGCAUCUAAACGGUAGUAUAAUUUGUUUCUGAUUGUUAAUAUUUUGCAGACGUGGCAGAUUCGGGCAUAAAUCGAAUACAUUUUAUGGAAAUUGAUGACGUCAUGUUAGUGCAAGUACACGUCGGUGUGUUCUGAGUGGUUCAUUGCGCUUUUCACGCACUGCAUUGCGAAAAAGCAGCCUCAGUACGGCCGUACCACGAGUAGUAACAGAUUUCAUAGCUAGUACAGGUAUCGGGUAGUGGCAUUAGUGGCAUUGUGAUUAGUCAGGUGGUCGCACUCACGUUGCCGUCGUUGCCAGCGGUAGCGAUUGGCGCGCGUUGCUUAUUACCACAUUUUCUAACAUAAUACACACUACAUACAUAGCAGCGCGGUAGUAACCUUCUUUGUUCGUACUGUUUUUACGUUUCGACGUUGCACCGAACCGCCAGUUGGUUAUUUCUCGCUAGCCUGGCUCCAGUCCGACUCGAAUCCUCGCGGCUCGCGCAACCCACGAGCGAUUGUGACGGUUGUGACUCGUUUCGGUGAUCCGCUCGCUCGCUGCGCGAUGUUUGUUUUCAUCUGCACGCGAUAAUCACAAUCGUAUUUUUCGUCCGGCAGAUGCGUAAAGAUGCAUCCCAACGGAUGAUCAAUUAUUACAAUAAAAUGAUUAUUACACGCACGAUAUCGACGAGAAUUUAAAAUUUUGCGGCGAGUUUAAAUCGGCGAGUGACGGUUGGUUAAUAAUAAAGCGUGUGUGUGGUGUAACAACGCACACACUGUAAAAAAAUCGCAAUAAUUUUCGUGUUUUCGUUGUGCCUUGGAUGAAGGAGUCGAGAAUUUCAUGAUUUAAGUGAUAAUAAUAAGAGAUAACAAUGACAGUCACCUAUACUGGCGAAGUUGCUACUUGUCGAGGAUUGGGAUGUUUUUUGAAAUUACUUAGAAGAUGGCGAGGAAGCAUUUACAAAUUGGUUUGGCGCGAUCUUCUCUUGUUUUUAAUUAUUUUCUACGCACUGAACCUGACCUACAGAUUUUUAUUAAAUCCUCAUCAAAAAACUGUAUUUGAAAAUAUAGUUAAAUAUUGCUACGACUACAGCGACUUAAUUCCAUUAUCAUUCGUGCUUGGUUUCUACGUAUCCAUCGUAAUGACAAGAUGGUGGGGUCAGUACACAACUAUUCCAUUCCCCGACCCAAUUGCCGUAUUUGUCAGCUCUACCAUUCAUGGACAGGACGAACGUGGAAGAGUUAUGCGACGCACAAUCAUGCGUUACGUCUGUCUUAGCGUGACGAUGAUGUUCACGAUGAUCUCACCACGUGUGAAAAAGCGUUUCCCCACGCUGGACCAUUUCGUAGAGGCGGGUCUUCUACAAACCAGCGAAAAGGAAAUCAUCUCUGUGUUAGACAACAAAUUUCCCAAAUAUUCUAAGCAUUGGUUGCCGAUCGUGUGGGCAGCGAGUAUAAUAACGCGCGCGCGGAAAGAAGGUCGGAUUCGGGAUGACUUCGCCGUGAAGACUUUGAUCGACGAGUUGAACAAAUUCCGAGGACAAUGCGGACUGCUAUUGAGUUAUGAUACCAUCAGUGUUCCGCUUGUUUACACACAAACGGUUACCCUGGCUGUGUACAGCUACUUUAUGACCACAUUAAUGGGUCAUCAAUGGAUUGAGAACUCCAAGUACAAGUUUGAUUUGUACUUUCCUGUUUUUACCCUGCUGCAAUUUUUCUUCUAUAUGGGAUGGCUAAAAGUGGCUGAGACUCUCAUUAAUCCUUUCGGGGAUGAUGACGAUGACUUUGAAAUCAAUUGGAUGAUUGAUCGAAAUUUACAAGUUUCCUAUCUCAUUGUUGAUGAAAUGCAUCAUGAUCAUCCUGAGCUAGUGAAAGAUCAGUAUUGGGACGAAGUAUUCCCACCGGAUCUACCUCAUACUUUAGCUUCGGAACCAUUUAAAGAACAACAUCCAUUGCCAUCAACGGCAAACAUUGCUGUUUCUACACCCGGGCAGGAAAUUAUAGCACCACCUUCAGCUGUGAAAGUUGAUGGUUUUGGUGAUAUGCAAAGUGGAAUUGUUUUCACUGCCAAACCCAGCAGUGCUACCCUCAAGGCUUCAGGCGCGUCGCAGGCGUCCAACUUGGGGAGCACCGUUCCGGGUAAUACGCGAAAAAAUUCAAUGCAACGAGUGGCUAGUGUUACUAGUAUGUUGAAGAAAAUCUUCAAUCGUGAAGAUAGUCGUACGGAUAGUAGAAUGGCGGACAGUCGACGUGGAUCUGCAGUGGAGUUGAAUAAUUUGGUACCACCCAAGACCCCAACCGCUUUGAAAGAUCAAGUCAUUGAAGAGGUGGAUGAACAGAUGACGAUCACUUCGAUGAAGGACGGAAAUGAUCAUCCUAGUGUGAUUGGCUUCUUUCCAACUGGGCCACCACCACCUUCGGAUCCAGUGCCUGUUCCUAAAAGAUCUGCGGCAUCAAGUAGCCAUAGCCAUAGUCUUCAUAGCCAAGGCCACGGCCGUUUUGAAUCUCGUCCAUCAUCACUGUCAAAAUCAGCGCCCAUCAGCGAGGUGGACAACAUCAGCCUAGGCUCGGAAACUGAAUCGGAAAACGAUGACGAAUUUUCACGUCUCAAACAACUCCGACAAGAGGAACGACGUAGUCGACUGAUGCUCAAUCUCGCUAGAUCUAUUAGUAUCAAUCAUGGCGAAGGCGAUUUAGAGAUGUUACUCGCCGGCAGGUCCGGCGAAGUAUCACCUGAAGUUGUACGUCUUGAUAGUCGCGCAUUGGCGCGUUCGCUAAGCAAUCACGGACAUCUCACAGAUAACGCCAAUCAGUCUGAUAGCGCAACGCGGCGGAACACCGAACCCAAGACUGAAUCCACGCAAACGGACAACUCGAAUAAAGAGACAGAUUAGGUAUUAAGAUUAUUCUCAUGAAGCACGAACUAAAAAGCGCAAAAACUUAAGUUACUACGUCGAUGUUACUAUAUUGUGCUUUUUUGCCUUGAUCAUCCGCCUUCGUAGACCAUGUUUUACGUCUACAGAUUACAGAUAAGUAUUUUUUGGAACGUUCAGUAUAAGUUUUGUGAUAUGUACACGAUAAGCAUUGUGGAAACAAACCGUAAUAAGGUUGUGAAGAUUUGCAUACAGGAAAAAACAACCAGUAAAUGAACGAGUUAGUUAAGUUUUUAGAAUUUACUUAGUACAGUUAUAAGAAUGUUGUAAAUAUAUUUAUUACUUUAUCCUUAACGUAAACCACUGCGUGUUUUGUACAGCCAAAAUAUAAAGACAGUGAAAAACA